AUGUCAAAAGCUAACUCACCAACACAAAAACUCACCGAACCGCAAGGUCGACCAACUCAGAAUUAUUUUGUCACUAAUCAAGGGUUUACAACAUUUCAAACUCAACUUGAUCAAAGGAUGGAGAAAAAUAUUGAAGCUUUAACAAAGUUCUUGAGAGAUGAAAGCAAAACUGUUAAAAGAGAACUUGGAGCAAUACAUGAUAAAACAGAUGAAGUACAUGUUAAAGGUGACUUCGUUAAUGCUGAAGUUGAAGAAGCUAGAGAAAAAAUCCAACAAGCACAUGAUAAAGAAGAUUAUGUUCAUGCUGAAGUUCAAGAAGAAUUAAGAUUUAGAGAAACAGGUAAUCAUAAUUCACCAUGUUGA